UGUCCCACUGGGUUCGGUGAGCAGCCUUUGACGAGUGUUUUGGCACUCAGGGCACUGAAUGGAGUUGGCGGGGUGAAGGACAAACAGGUAGCAAUCCACGGUUUAUUGGCGUGCCACUAAGUUUAUUUACAGGAACUUCUCUCCAAGGAAAGACGGUCACCUCACACACACACGCACAGCUUAAUCACCUUAAUUCCGUCUAUGUGUCCACUUUAGAGAGAGCAGCACAAUCGAGAGCGCAGCUACCGUCACGGACCGUCCUCGCUCUCCCAGAUCUCUUCUCGAACAGCCCACCACUCCCCUCUCGGAGCCAAUCACGACGCCGGAUUCUCGUCCCACCUUGCAAGCAGCCUAUCACGACGCCGGACUCUCGUCCCGCCUUGCAGGCAGCCAAUCACGCAACGCUCUGAUAUCCAAGUAGGCAACCCUGAACAUCAGACUUCAGACAGAGAUUAUCUUUGGAAUUCUUUGAGAUGGUGUGUGUUAGUUGAGCUGAAGUACUUGCUGUGAAAAAGUAGAACAUUGUUAAGAAUUUUAAGCAAGCCAUAGCCAAAAUGACUACAACAGAACAAAGUGCUGUCAACAAAACAUGGGAGCUCUCUCUCUAUGAGCUCCACAGAACUCCACAAGAAGCCAUCACUGACAGUACAGAAAUUGCAGUAUCUCCACGUUCUCUCCACUCAGAGCUAAUGUGUCCCAUUUGCUUGGACAUGUUGAAAAACACAAUGACUACGAAGGAGUGCCUACAUCGAUUCUGCCAAGAAUGCAUCAUCACAGCACUAAGAUCUGGCAACAAAGAAUGUCCAACAUGUCGCAAAAAGCUUGUGUCUAAAAGAUCACUUCGUCCAGACCCAAACUUUGACACCCUCAUAUCAAAAAUUUACCCCAGCCGUGAUGAAUAUGAGCAGCACCAAGAGAGAGUAUUUGCAAAGCUGAACAAGAACCACAAUCAUGCUUCCUUAAUCACUUCUAUAGAGGAGGGCAUCAGGCUACAGAUUCAGAGCCGACAGAAGAACAGAAAAUCCAUGCAGGAGGAGGGGACCACUCCAACCCCAACGCCAUCAGCACCCUCCACCCCUACCCCCAGUGAACCCAACACCCCAACCACCACCAACACCAGUGCUGCAACCACAGCCAAUCCCAACAACUCCACCAAUGCUACAAAUUCAUCAGCUCUAGGGCCUAAGGUAAAGAAGCCUCGAAGAACCUCGGAAAAUGAAUCUGGUGCAGGGUCCAGUAAUGACGGUAAUCCCGGUGAAGAGAUUGAAGGACCUAUAGAAUCAGGGGAGAUCGAGUUGGUAUUCAGACCUCAUCCACUAGAGAUGAAUGAGGACAAUGAAUUGAUACGGGAAUUGAAGGACUCAUCCAUACGUUACAUUAAGACAACAGCUAAUGCUACAAUUGACCACCUCUCCAAAUACCUGGCUAUGCGGCUUACCCUAGCAAACAGGACGGGAGAACUAGAGACUGAACUCCCAUCAUCUCUCAAUAACUUCUGUAUCUACAUAGCUCCAACUCCAGACCAAUAUAUUGGUGUUGGUGGUUCACUCACACUAGAACAAAUCAAUGAAAAAUAUUGGAGAGUAAAUAAACCCAUGGAAAUGUUUUACUCUUGGAAGAAAAAUUAAAAUGCAUGUUAACCAGUAAGAAAAAAAUAUAUAUGCAAAAGAACAUCAGCCAAAUGUUUGGGUCUUAAGGAUAGUUGCACAGUCUGAAACAAAAUCAUGUGUUGGGUUUGAAAAGCUUUUAAUGGAUUGCAAGAUGAACUUCAGGUUUUUGCGGCAUACCUCUUAAAUGCAGUAAUCAGGAUACCUGUGUUUCUAGUAAAGGACUGAAAUUAUGUUCAGAGAUUUUCUGGUAAAUUCUUACCAUUAUCAGAACAAGUAGCAGUGUGAGAUCAGAUGUAGUUAUUUCAGUAUAGCAUAAAAUCACUUGGUUAAUUAGCACUACUAAAAUUCUUAAUUUUCUUGCAGAACUUUUUGAUGGCUAACAAAAUUUGUAAUCAAAGCAAAGAAGAAAUAGGAUAGACAUGACCAAAUCAAGGAAAAUAUUCCCCUCUCUCUCAGUGGACUGCAACUUUAAUCUAGAACAUAUUUACAGAUUUUAUGAAGAACACAGGUAUUUAUUUUAUUGUGCCUAUGACAGAGUACACUAUGAAUUCUCAUUUCAACCCUGGACGAUCACACCUUCUGGUGAAUAUAAUAACAAACUCUGGGAAUGCUUUUGUUUUGAUAUUGUGAUAGACUGAUGUAAGCAAGAUAUAGUAUUAACAAGGUAUUGAAACAUUAAGGUUUCAUUUUAGAACUAGAGUUGCUGGAGGAGUGAUAGUACAUGUGUAUACAUAUCAUGCAUAUGCAUGUAGACUAUAUAUAUCCAUAUACAGUUAUAUACAUGUAUAUGUGUGCCUUUUAUUCUUUUGGGUUAUGGAGUCUGAUUUUUUCUUACUUUCUGAAUAAUCAGUUGUGCAGGUAGGACUGUAGUUGGUGUGUUCGAUACAGUAUAUGGUUUUUUUUUUUUUUUUACUUUUUUUCUUUUGACAUCUGAUUAGUCUUUGACUAUUCUUGAUAAUUAAUAUAAGUUGACAAAGCUUUGGGCUAUGAAGAGAGGUAUUUAAGGUGUCACUCAGUACAGUAAGAAUCAUUCAUCUAGAAUGUAGAGUAAUUUCAUCCUAAACUCUUCGUUGUAACAUCUUGGUUAUGGGACAGUCCAUCAUAACUCACAUUUCACAAGAGACAUUUUGCACAAGGAUGGAUUAGGAGGACUUUGGGAUCUGGAGAUUUUUGUCAAUCAAAUACAGUUUUUUUUUUUUUUUUUUAUGUUGUUGUUGUUGUUGUAAAUGGGAAUGAGUUUACCUUUGAUAACUUCCUGUAACAAAUUUACAAAGCUGAAAUAAUAUUAUCAGAUCAGAAUUUUACUUGAAAAUAUUUUCAUAUAUUACAAACUCUUAUAAGAUGAGAAACCAAGGAAACAUGAACACAGGCAUGAUUAUUUGAUUGCUCAUGAUUUUAAUAGUAAUUAACAUUUACUGUAUUUGCUUGAUAAAGAUCCAUACCAGUUAUGGUUCGUUUUAAGUGUCUUAUGUCACUGUAAUUCACUAUUAGAGAAAUGAUUCAUGUAGCAUCAGUCUGUAAUAAUCAUUCCACUAAAUACGAUGUACAUUAUCAUUUUUCUGGACUGUCUAUUUGUUUAUUAUCUAUUACUGUAUCAUAUUACUGUUGUCCUUCAGGAAUUAUUAGCAUGAUCAUUCCACAGAACACAAGUCCACUUCAACUGAAGUUUGAGGAAGUUUGAUUUGCCAAAAUGACAUGAAACACUUAUUGACUAUUAUAUCUGCAACUGUAUUCUGAACUGAAAACCUUAAACAAUUUGAAAUAUUAACAAAGCUGAAAAGGAAAGUUUGAGGAAUAUAUGUGAAUGGAUACUACAUUUAUAAGCUGGCCUAUCACAUAGUAGAAAAGGUUUGACAACAGAUUCUUGGAAAUAGCAAUCUGGAAAUUGCCAGAGUUUAAAUUGUUUGUAUAUAUAACCACUUUAUUUUUGUCCUUAUUUAUAUUUUGGCAUAUGUAUGUAAACUAAUCCCAGUUAUAUGGAUCUUGUACUCCAUUACUGUGGAACAAUGUACAACAUCUUUGUAUAUCAUUUUAUUCUUGUGUACGGUUAAACCAAAGCUGUAGUUUUGGUGCAAGGAUUUGAUGCUUAAGAUAAGGGAAGAUUUUUCCACAGUUCAUUUUAUAUAUGUAUAAUUAUAUGGGCGUAUGAUUCAGCCAUGGAUAAAAGUAUGACCAAAAUGAAUGUGAGGUUCAGCUUCUUUCAGUCCCUUAAGGGUUUAAUGAGGAAUUCUUGAAUAGAUCUCCCAUGCAUUUGUCUAACUACUACUAUGUAUGACAAAUCCUUGUAGGAUACAAAAACGAAAGCUGAAAAUAAACAGUGUAGGAGCAUUUGGUGUUAGUGUCUUGGCUUGUGUACAGUUUAGCUGUUUAUGCCAGCAGGUUCUUUCUUAUGUCAUCCUAGAAAAGAAGGACAAUAAAAUACAAUUUAGGUU